AUGGCCUCUGGAAACGACAGGGCCACUGCCGUCUCCGGCGCCGACGUGGGCGACACUGCACGCCGGCGCAAUAUUCCGGGCACGCCGCAGCAAGUCCUCGUCCAGCAACCGCAGCCCGACGACAAGAAAAAAGCCAAAAAGGAACCCUCCGUCCUUGACGUGCUAUCUGAGUGGGAGUGGUUGAUUGCCCCCAUCGUCUUCACCGCCCUCGCCUUCUUCACCCGCCUCUACAAGAUCGGCCUCUCCCCCAUUGUGACCUGGGAUGAAGCUCACUUUGGAAAGUUCGGCAGCCACUACCUAAAACGGGAAUUUUACUUCGACCCCCCCGCCGGAAAGCUUCUUGUCGGUCUCAGCGGAUACCUGGCCGGUUACAAUGGAUCCUUCGAGUUCAAGUCGGGCGAGACAUACCCUCCCGAACUGAACUACACCUUCAUGCGCCAGUUCAAUGCUUUUUGGGGUGCCGUCUGCGUGCCUAUGGCCUAUUGGACUGCUAAGGAGCUCAAGCUGAGGCGCGCUGCCGUGUGGCUCGUCACCCUGAUGGUCCUCUGCGAGAAUUCCUACACCACCAUCAGCCGCUUCAUCCUCCUCGACUCCAUGCUCCUGUUUGGUACCGUUGCGACUACGCUGUGCUGGGCCAAGUUUCACAACCAGCGCAAGAACAGUUUCGAGCCCGAAUGGUUUUUCUGGCUGUUCAUGACUGGCCUGAGCAUUGGUUUCGUGACUAGCGUCAAGCUGGUGGGACUCUUCGUCACAGCUCUGGUCGGCCUGUAUACCAUCGAGGAUCUGUGGAACAAGUUCGGCGACACCAAGAUGACUGUGACUGAACUAGCGGCCCACUUCGUCGCUCGUGUUGUUGGCUUAAUUAUCUUGCCGUUCUUGGUCUACCUGCUCAGCUUUGCUAUCCAUUUUACCGUCCUCACCAACAGCGGUCCCGGCGAUGCACAGAUGUCAUCUCUCUUCCAAGCCAACCUUCGAGGUACCGAGGUUGGCAGGGACAGCCCCUUGGAGGUUGCCUAUGGCUCGAUGGUCACUAUCAAGAACAUGGGCUAUGGCGGCGGCCUGCUCCACAGUCACGUUCAGACCUACCCCGAGGGCUCUACCCAGCAGCAGGUGACAUGCUACCACCACAAGGAUGCGAACAACAACUGGAUGAUCUACCCAAACCGUCGCUCUCCCCUUUAUGACCCGGCUGCCGACCCCAAAUUCAUUGCCGACGGCGAGGUCAUCCGCCUGCUCCACACUCAGACCGGGCGCAACCUUCACUCGCAUCAGAUCGCUGCCCCGAUUACCAAGUCGCAGUGGGAGGUUUCCUGCUACGGCAACGCGACCAUCGGUGACGAUAAGGACCACUGGAAGAUCGAAGUUGUCAGCGACGCUGCGUCCCGUGACAGGAGCAAGAUCCGCACUCUCACCACUGCCUUCCGGCUCAAGCACGAGGUUCUGGGCUGCUAUCUCCGCGCUGGCAACGUGAACUUGCCCCAGUGGGGGUUCAAGCAAAUCGAGGUUACCUGCACCAAAGAGAACAACCCCCGGGAUACAUACACACACUGGAACGUCGAGGCCCACACUAACGAGAAGCUGCCUCCCGGAGACCCGGGCCAGUACAGGUCCCCGUUCCUGAAGGACUUUAUUCACCUGAACGUUGCCAUGAUGACCUCGAACAACGCCCUCGUCCCUGACCCGGACAAACAGGACGACCUUGCGUCCCAAUGGUGGCAGUGGCCCAUCCUGCAUGUCGGCCUUCGCAUGUGCGGCUGGGACGACAAGAUCGUAAAGUACUUCCUCCUCGGCAAUCCCAUCGUCUACUGGGGCUCGACUGCUGGCCUUGGCGUCUUCGCCCUGUUGGUCGCUUGGUACACGCUGCGCUGGCAACGCGGCUACCGUGAGCUUUCGCAGUCUGAGCUCGACCAGAUCCACUACGCCGGCCUGUAUCCAGUCAUCGGCUGGUUCCUGCACUACCUGCCCUUUGUCAUCAUGGCCCGUGUGACAUACGUCCAUCACUACUAUCCAGCGCUGUACUUCGCGAUCCUCACGUUUGGCUUCCUUGCCGACUGGUUCCUCCGGAAUCGGAAGGCGGCUGUGCAGUACGGCGUCUAUGCGUUGCUGUACGCCACCGUGAUCGGGCUGUACAUCUACUUUAUCCCCAUCUGCUUCGGCAUGACAGGCCCCAACAAGCAGUACCGCUACAUGAAGUGGUUCGACACCUGGAGGAUGUCGGACUGA